UUUUCCAGGUUGUGUAGUUUGGUAUCAGAAUUAUUAGACGUAUUGCUUGUUGGACAUUGACGGCAGGAACUUGAAAUUAACUGUGGAGUGCUACCCUAAUACAGAUUCCCACGUUUCACAGUGACGUGUUGCGCGAAAUCGGCGUCCCCCAGUUAUCUUCUUAUUUUUUUUGUUUAAUUAUUCUCGCAUGAAUAACAAGAUAUAGUCUUGGCAAGACAAUAUCAAACAAACAAAAGGACAAAUGGGAAAUGUGAUAGUAACAGAUGUCUUAACGAGCAAAUAAAGAGAUUUAUAUAUUCACGUCAUAAAAUCUAGAACUGCUUUUGAAAUUCUUUCUUUGCGUUUCUAGUUUAUACGCAAUAUCAGCGUUUUUACAAAUUAAACAUUGUAGCGUUCAUUACAUAGGUGAAAUUCUGUGCUCUUUGUGGAGAAACCUGCUUUAAUAUGGAAAGACUUGGUUUGAAUUUAUUCGCAAUAUUUCUAAUAGGAACGGCGACCGUUCUGAAGCUUUCGGAGGCGAGUUGCGAGAGGAAAUCAUGCGCCACGGAUGCUGAUUGUACAGCGAGUGGCCAAGUAUGUUUGGGACCAGAUGGUAGUAAAACAUGUUGGCAUUGUGGUUGUAGACAAAGGCAUGAAUGCCAACUUGUUGGAAACCAAAUUAAGUGCGAUUGUUCAGACUCAGACGGAUACAAUGGAACAUUUUGCGAAUGUCGACCACCACCUAUUUCCGCUGGGAACGAUGUAUGGUCAAUUUACAAUGAAUGUGAGGGAGAGCUGUUAGAUGAAUAUGAUGUGAUCAACGGUGUUAAACUGUUGCCUGGCGACCGUUUGACCUCCCCUUACGCAAAUGAAAUGUCAUAUGACGGUUGCGUGCAGAAAUGUGCCGAGUUCGGGUGUUACGCAUUUACGUACGGGAGAUCCAUUUGUAGAGUUUAUAAUCAAAGCUACACAACGUCAAACGACCACUGUUUUAAAUAAUAUUGUAAAAGAAUCUAGUACCAAUACGUAUAUUCGGAAAUGUGCGAGUGCUUAAAACUACGUGAAAAAGAAAUAUUUCACUGAAUAAUGGACCGAUUUAUGGAUAUUUGAGGGGAGUGAAUAUAAUAAUGUUGGCAAGAAGUAUUUUCAUAAAAUGUUAACACACAUUAUAAUACACUCGAAAAAAUGAAGAGAAAAUCUCGCAAUUCUACAUAAGUGAAUAAAAAUAAAUGUUUUUUAAAUGACAUUAUUUCAGGAAAAGUCUAAUUGUAUUCCUUUUACCAUUGCAUUUCUUGUAACAUGAUCAUUCUGAUAAAUUGAUAGGUUUACUUUGAUAGUCCGACAAUAAAACAUUACUUUAGAAAUU